AUGCACUCCCGUGCCAGUUUAUUCUGCCCAGUCAACAACACCUCACGCCUCUUCAACCACCACCAAACUAGCAAGGCCACGACUGUCAUUAGUAUAAUUCCCACAACGGUCGGCCAGGUUAUUAUAGCAACCCAAUUCUCUCUCCAGUCCGAAUUCGGCGUACCUAUCUUAUCUAACUCCGACUUCAACCCUAACGGAAUUUCAUCCUCUUCUUCCCAUUCACUCAGUUCUUCUUCUUCCUUAAGAUUAGGCUCAAUCCCUGCUUCCUCAGAAUCUCCUGCUGGGGUCCGAUUUACCUCCCUCAGCCUACGAAGGGUAGUUGGGCUAAUCCCAAUCUCCUCAGUCCCUUCAUUUUCACUCUCAGUCUCUAACCCUUCGGCAAAUGGUAUACCUGUGCCUUUCUCCUUCCCGUAUGUUCUCUCCCUUCCUCCCGCUUUCUCGACAAACGAGACGUGGGAGUCGGUGACAGGAGUUCACCUUUUUCUAGGGGCUCCAAGCUCGGAUGGCCCUCUUUUCUCGGACUGGCAACCCUCCAUUCGAGUUAGGGUUGUUCCGUUCGGUGUGGUCAAUCUUUCUCCUGUGCGGACAGGUUUGUCUCAGGUGACCCGCUCCUCCACAGCGCCAACACCUUCGCUCUUUACAACUGGCCGAAAAGUGCCCGACCACACCACAUGUCCAGCAUCUCAGAAGUCUUACCUGCACUGGGCCACCCUGCCUCUUACUUUUUCACGGGUGACCCAACGGCGUUUCCCGGACCCUUUUCCUUCUCGGUAUGGGCACCAGCGUAUUAUCUCGCUUUAUCCCCAGUUUACGGUCUCCCUCUGUCGUACAUCACCAAGCCUUGUGCCCAAACUCGCCACAAGUCGUGCAGUCUGGCCCCAAAGACCUUGGGUCGCCUCCAUAGUUUGUCGGAUAGUCGCGGGCCCGAUGCCCACCAUACUUGCAAGUCCAACACACCAGCCCAUAUCGGCCCGGUGUGGGCUUGUGAAACCCAUAACGCAGAUCCCAGGAUCUCCUAUUGGGAACUGCCUCAGCCUUCCAGUCCUCUUCCACCUCUUCUUUCGGAUCCCGUAUCUGGAUCCGCUCCCGGUACUUCUUUUUCAUCACUACCUUGCCUCCCCUCGGAGGUUCCUAUCUACACCCCCUCUUAUUCUAUCCCAAAGGUCGUUCGCUGGUCCGAGCUGCCUCUAUGGCUGCGGCCAGGCUGACCGGUCCCUGUCAUUCAUCUCUCCUUCUUGUUGCUGUAGCCGGAGUAAUUUCCUGACUGCCUCAAUGGCCGUACGCUCACUUGCGUAUUGCCGCACCAGAGCGGAUUUAAGCUCGGUCCACGUCAGGGCUGGGUUUUCUUUGUACCCUCCCCCUAUGAACUUGGACACCUGCCCCGCUGCGGCGUCGUCCGCCGCUCCGUGUUUUGUUUCUUUAUCCUCCUUCUUUUGCUUCCUUCUCUUUUUCUCCUUAUGUCUCUUUCAGACCAAUAUAGUCCGAAGACUAGAGGCAAUUACCACGGGUCUAUCCUGGUCACAGGCACCAGUCUAA